GCACGACCUUUUACAGAUGAAGAACGUGUACAAGAACUUCAUCAUGUCACAUGCAGGACCUCUGCACAUUCUGUCAUCGAACAUCUGGUUGGUGCCAUCAUUGAAUAUCCACAAACUGGACAACAUGAGAACAAAUCUGUCGCAUACAUCUUCCACAUUGAUCCAACUACUUCCGAGUCUUUUCUCCGUCCUCAGUCAAGUUUUCAGUACUCCUUGGGUGAUGGACAUGGGGGACAGAUAAUCAGUCAAUGUCUUAUGCUUCGCAAUGCUCAAGGACACCCUGUUUCAUGUGCCAACCUCAAAACAUCUUGUACGAGUCUUUUUUCUUUGUUGACUGUGUCUCAGACAGAUUCGAACAGUCCUGCCAGCAUUGCUAGUAGGGAAAUCUUUGAACGAACACUGGCAUUAUACAUGGCCUUGUACGAACGGGGCUGCUCUGCAAUAGAUGGCAUUGAUGACCACCUUGUUGAGAGUGUGAUGGAUGAGCCAGAUGGUAUCUCAGCUGAUGAAUAUGUCAACAGUGCGACCUUUGACGAUAAUUCAGAUGGUAUGGAUUGCUUGCCGUCGAGUCGUCGAGUCAAGAAGCCCAGGUGUAGCGGAAAACUUAUCAUGCAGCUCGAUGCCUAUAAUCAGCCAUUUGUCCACUGCAAGUUGCGCUCACACACUCGCCGCACCCACCUGUUCAUACGGAAUCUGCAAGAAUGCAAUACACGUUACCUGCAAGCUCUCCUUGAUGACAACCACAUCAUUAUUUCAGAGUGUGAGCAAUUAGCGAAGUCACAAGGAUAUGGUCCACUCUUGCCAUGCAGUUAUGUUACAAGCCCAUCCUCCCAAAGGCAAGUUUGUCCAUACCUCCACCGUCAAGCAGACAGCAAGCUCAAACAAGGUGUUACGACUUGGAUGUGGACACAUAAUUGCACCGCAAAAUUCAGUAUCUAUGUCCCCCAUGAUCUUGUAGCUUGCCCACGCAUAGUUGUCCUCUGCAGCAACCCGCACUCACACCCACCUCCUGCACCUGUCAAAACGCCAACACCACUUAUCGGAAUAUUUCAUGAGCUUCUCUCACUCAUGAAAUGGAAACUAGCAGAUGCAACACCACGUCGAAUCUAUUUGGACACAGCAUUCAUCCAGGGCCUUCAUGAAAUACUUGGCUGGGACUUUCCAGAUGGCCGUGAUGCAACACUACAAGAUCUUCAUCCGUCAUUGGUCAAUCUCGAUCAUGUACGGCGUCUCAUCAAUAUUCUGAGGUCUACAAAGUAUCCCAGUGCACGUCUCCUUGCUGAGGAGCAUGCAAAGCUACCUCUGGAACAAUGCUAUGUGCGCUGUGCAGAGUCGCACAUCAUUGAGCGGGGAGCAACACUCAAACUUGUCAUCUGCAUGACACCACAUAUGUCACAGCACCUCAUGCAAGCUACGUGCCUGUCCAUCGAUACAUCAUUUAAGUGUGCACAAGGAUGGCAAGAGUUUGAAAUCGAGUUGUGGAACACCGAGCACCAACAAUCCGUCGUCAGUGGCAGAGCAUUUACAACAUCGCAAAGUGCUAAAGCUCAUCUCAUUCUCUUCGAACAUAUUUUUGAGAUUGCAUCCACUGACACUGGGUUGCCUGUUUCAUUCAACCAUAUCCAUGGCUGCAGGUUCGAGACGGUGAUUGCUGAUAGCCACAAAGGUCAAGGGUUAGGUGCAAGACAUCGCUCCCUUACAGUGUUAUGUCCAUAUGAGUCGCAGUGUCGUCUCUGCGAUCUGGGGCCCUAUGAUCAUCUCCGUCAAUUCUAUCAGCUUUGUGUGGCACAUUAUAAAAGAAAUGUUCAUGCCCUUCAUACCCAUGUUUCGGACAAAGUAUAUGCAGCAAUGCUGAGCUUGGCAACAUCUGAGCCCCAUCCAGACAUUCAGAAGACAUUGGAUAUCAUUCGUGAUGGUGGUCCAAAAGCUGCAGCAUGGUUGAAAGAUAAGCUCGAAGGCACGAAAUUUGCAUUUCCGGCAAUAUAUCAGCCAGCAAGCCUGAUACCUCUCGCUUUUUGGAAAGCAUCACCUGCAACGACCAACGGCAAUGAGCAAUCUCAUCGUAAUGCGUAUCGCGAAGGCAUUCACUUGACUCUAUUAGCUGGCAUCAUGAAAGGCAUGAGAUACGACCAGGGAGCAACGAACAGUAUGGACGUUCACACCACAUUUGGUGUAUCAACUAGAGACCAAGGCGCAACUUAUAUUCAACUGCGCAAAACAGUGCAUUAUGCGACAAAGUACGAAUUUAUAUUGGGACUCUAAACGCUAGCUAAUUUUCAUCAGCUCGAGUGCAACAGAACCGGCACUCUUCACAUAUAGUGAAUGCGACGCAGGGCAUGCCUCCAAAACCAGCCACAGUGCAUGCCACAACUGAUGCCUGCUGUCAUGACAGUACAACAUGCAGCACCUCUGCAUCCUGAUACUGGUGAUGUCAACUGGUCCAACAAGCAAGUGUCAAAGAGCCAGUAGUUGGACUGCCGUUGUUCUCGCUCCACAAACCACCAUCUCGAGCG